AUAACUUCUGUCCCGGAGGUCAGAAUUGGAUGCAAAGAACAAAUCAUGAAGUCGAAUCUGGAUCUCGUUAAUGAGUGCGACGUCUUCCCCCACCCCUCCAAAGACCCAACAGCCCACGCCUCCCUCCUCGCAACCCUCUACACCCUCCUCUCCAACGAUAUCCCUAUCGGCUACAUCACCGAACCCGUCUUCAACGCCCUAGCCAAAGUCCCCAUCCGCCUCAAAGGCGAGCUGGAAGUAAAUCGCCGCCUCCGCACCAUAUCCGCCUUCAACCAACCCACACGCGCUGAACGCUCUGCCGCCAUCUCCGCCACCUGUGCCUACUGGCGCGAACACAAGACGUUCUCGAUCCUCGAGGGAUGGCGAGAUGAGUUAUACGCCGUUUAUGGGCCGGAAAAUGAGGUUCUGUUUGAUAUUGAACGGAGCGCGAGUCCGCUGUUUGGCGUCGUUACUUAUGGGGUCCAUAUGACGGGCUUCGCGCGAGUGCCGGAUGCGAAGUUUGGGGUUAAACUUUGGGUGCCCAGACGCGCGAGGGAUAAGAGUACGUACCCGGGGAUGCUGGAUAAUACGGUUGCGGGCGGUUUGCCGUCUGGGGAGCUUCCGUUGGAUGCUAUGGUGCGGGAAUGUGAUGAGGAGGCUUCCCUUCCUGAAGAGUUGGUAAGGGGGAAUUUGAAGGCGGUGGGUACGGUUACGCAUGUGUAUAUUAGGGAUGAGAGGGCGGGGGGAGAGACGGGGUUGGUGCAGCCGGAGUGUGAGUAUGUGUAUGAUUUGGAGAUUCCGGUGGGGGUGGAGUGUAAACCGAAGGAUGGGGAGGUGGAGGGGUUUGAGUUGAUGGGUGUUGAGGAGGUUCAGGAGGCGCUUGGGAGGGGUGAGUUUAAGCCGAAUUGUGCGUUGUUGGUGUUGGAUUUCUUUGUUAGGUGGGGGAUUCUGAAUGAGGGGAAUGAGAAGGAUUUAAAGGAGAUUAAAGAGAGGUUACAUAGAGAGUUGGAGUUUCCUGGGCCGCAUAGAGGGGAGUUGGCUAAGUAG